AUUUAUUACCAUCUAAUAAACAUCGGAUACAUACAAACGAAAUGGCGGGAAGAGAUCAUAUCCUCGAGUUGCCUAGCUUCAUGCUGGCUUUCCGCAGCCUGCAGCUCGUCACUGCCCUCGCGAUCCUCGGUCUCGCUGCCUACGGCAUCACCUAUCUCUCCUUUGAUGGCAUUGACCUCACUCUCUUCACUGCAAUCUCAACCAUGAUAAUCACAAUCUACAUCAUCGUCGCCCAAACCGGUGCCCCAAUCAUUUACAACUACUGGGCAAUCCUCGGCCUCGACAUCUUCGCUAUUGUUUUCUGGAUCAUCUCAUUCUCGCUUCUCGCCUCUGAAGUUGCCGGAUAUUCGAUCGUCACAUACAGCUCUAGCGAUUGUAUCUACUCCUCCGCUGGGGUUUGCUACUACAAGCGCAGUCAGGCUUUGAAGAAUUUGGAGAAGCGGGAGACGACGAAUGUUUAUACUUACCGCAAUGCUAUGGCUGCUGCCAGUGGCCUUGGAGGAUUGGAAUUUAUCUUCUUCGUCGUCACCCUCGUCAUGACAGCUAUUGGGCUUCAUCGCCAUCGCCAGGCUGGUAGGCAUUGCUUGCCUGGUCGCUCUGCUGCCGCACUCACAGAAGCGAAGAACGAGAUGCCUCAGGGCGAGUAUCCUGUUGCUUCUGCAUAAUGUUGGCAUCAACAUCGCUUUGCACUCUCGACCCGCACCUGCCACAGAAUGCUAAAUUCUUUGGAUCAGAGUUGCUGGACAAUGGCACGAGCUGGCUGGUAAAUGGUAAUGGUGGAGAGGUAGUUUCGCUGCUUAAAGGAUAUACCCACUCUCAAAUUAAUCGAACAAUCCUACUCGC